CUCCUGGGCUUUGAGGAGUCUGUAGGCUAUAUGCUAGCUCUGUAAUUAAGGUAACUUCCAGGUACUGAUGAGAUUUGGAGUUGUGGGGGACUGCCUGUGCCCUGGCUGUACAGAGCUCGGUUUGGAAGCUGCCGCGAGAUCUCUGGUUGCUCCGUUCCUUCUUUUGUGCUUGGAGCGUAUCCUGUGAGAAUAGGAUUUGGAGGCCCCUGGUCCUAGCUUGCGCCCUCUGUGUGUUCCCAGAGCUGCUGAGCAUCGCUGGGCUGUGAAACAGGCAGUGGGGUGUGUUUGGGGGAGUGCUGCCAAAUAACAGCACAGGAAGAUCUUGUAGCAAAGAUCGUGUAAGCUUAAAUUGGAGAUCUGAGCACAUCUGAUCCUGCAAUGCAAAAUCCCAAGGAAAUGAAUGGGCUGACUGGAUUUCAGUGCAGGACUGAGACUGUAUUGGGUAAAUCCAUCAAUAAAGGUAAUCAAGUACAUAAUGCAAGGUUUGUUUAAUGCACUCUUGCUGUCAUGCCUCUUUCUUCUGCUUGGGCUGCUUCUUGCAAUUGAAGUACACCAGAACAAAUCGUUUAGACUCUAUGGGUUUGUGGAAUUCUCCCUGUCCCCUUAUAUCACGUCUUGUACUACUGAUUUGUUUUCAGGUGGUUGUAAUUGGGAAGAAGAUCAUCUCUUUUUUUGGAAAUUUUAUUCUGGUUUUGGAACUUCUGAUGUUGGUGUGGAUUUGAAUGGUGGACAGGGUGCAAAGGGUGGGAGGAUGGAAUGAGAGGCAGCGAUCACGGGGUUGUUCCAGGGUCAGGAUCUGGAUCUCUUCCACCUUCCUUGACUGCUUCCAUCCUCCUUUUGCUGCCAGGGCCAGGAUUUGCUCUUGCUCGGUCAGUCCAGCUGUGUCUGGUACACAGGGUACUUCCUUCUGGAUCAGAGUGGUCAGCCAGUUGUCUUAAAUCAACACGCUGUUUUAUUUCUUUAGAAGAAUAGAGCUUUUAGCGGAAAGAUGAUCUUAAAAUCAAAGCCCGUCUAAAGAUGCGCCUUCUCUACCACUCUGUGGCUGAUUCAUGGGAGGACACCUCAGUAACCAAGAAUGCCCUUUGUUUUUGUUCUCCAAAUAGGAUUCUAUGCACUUUUAAACUACCAUAUCCUUGUUUGCUCUUUUCGUUGUCGUUCUUUUUCAAUUUCUCUCAAGAAUUUACUGAGACGUACCAUAUCAGGCUAGUUGUCUUUUCUUCCCUUUGUCCUCCCCUCUAAUUCCAUGUGUGAAUAUGCUUACAGAAACCAUACCAUGAUUCAAGUCAACACACAGCUCUUUAGAUCUUCCAUUAACCAUCUGUAUGACCUCAGGCAGUUUUCUUUUUCGAAUUCACUGCUGUGAAUCUGCAUGUGAUCUAAUUUUUUUAUUUGAAAAGAAACGUUAAGGAUGACCACACACCAAAUUAGGUCUUUCUACUCACUUGGCAUUGGCUUCAGUUUUAAACACUAGCAAAUAUUCUGAUUUGGGAAAUGUGGCAGCAAUUUAUUAUGAGGAUUUAUACUUGAGCUGAGCUGUGUUGGUGCCUCUGGCCAAAUGCAUAUAUCAUGCAAAAGUAUGUUUUCUUUUCUUUUUUUCCUCCUUCAGAUAGCGCUGACCUGCCUCUCCUGUGCAGCCUCUGCCUGCUUGCCCAUGCUCAGGACUCUUGUGGCUUUGGUCUGCUGGGCUGCCGUUUAUCUGCGUCGUUCAAACCUUGUAAAUGACUUUUCUCUCACAUUUUAUUUGCUUUUUCUAGAUAACAAUACACCUGGCUCCUUCCCAUGUAUUCACAUUCUGAUACUUUGAUGUCAUCUUUUUCUUUUCAUGCGUCUACUGAGAAUCUCUGUCCUAUGGAACAGUAACCUUCAUAUUUCAUCAUUUCUUUGGGAGAGGCCUAAGCAGGGCUGAUUGGUCUCCCAAGUGCCAGGUGUGCUGAGAAAAGGUUUUUCAUCAAUAACACUGCUCUUCAUUCUGAAGAUAACUGGGAGAGAUGGGGAAGGGAUGAGGAUUCUGCAGUAAGCUUUUUCUACGUGACCUGUAAGAGCAAAUUUGAAAUCUUUCAACAGGACCUCAAGCAAGUUUUUCAAGCUUGUCUGAAUGCUUACUAUUUAGGUUCAAACAGGAUUGCUUUAAUAAAAACUGUCCACCUUCCAGAGGUCUUGACUGACCCAGUCUUUCCAUUGUCUACUGGGACAAAAUAGCUCAAACAAAAUCCUUCCAGCUUAUUUUGAGAUAUGAAAUGGUAUUUAUGGUAUGCCAGAGUGAUACCUCUGUCUUACAAACCAUUCUAAAUAUGGGAAGAAUUCCCCUCUCUAUGUGUAAGGGAAAAUGAAACGAUCCGUUUGUAAUUUUCUUACCUUGACAAAAUGCAGGGAGUGACUCAAAUAUGUCCCAUCCUUAUGGAAAUUAAUUGUGUUAAUGGGAUGAUUAGAAUUUAAAGCUACUGUCAUCAGACUGGUUUUUGUGGCUAAUGAUGGUUCUUGGGAAGAUUAUGUCAUAAUGAAGGCGGAGAACCUGGUCAUCUAUAUAUAUGUGAUCUGACCUGAGCCUUUUCUUUGGGUCUCAUUGAGCAAUGCGCCAAUAGAGGCAACGUAGGCGAACAGCUGCCACCCUCACCAUGAAAAUAGAAGGUGCUUCGGUGGUCCUUGCUCUGGCUUUUUUCUGCUUCUUCUCAGAUGUUGCCAGCCAAGCUUCAAUUAAGGACCUUGAUGGCCUCCGAGAGAGCCCUCCGUUGACUGUCCUCCUCCGUGCAUUUCAGAAUGAGUGCAUGAAAAUCUGGUCCCUCCUUCGCAGUGGGAAGUUCUCCUGUCACACUAACAGGCAGCCCAUCAGAGGACCCGAUGGCAGGAGGGACCUCAACAAGUGCCUGAUGUGCCAGCGGCUGCUGGAAAGAUACUCCAGAAACAAAGGGAGUGGUGAAGAAGCAAACAGGAACGUGAACUCUGGAGAGGAUGAGUGCCGGGAGUUCCGGGAUCUGUUCAAGAAUGGGAAGCUUUCCUGCACGAGAGAGAACGAUCCCGUCCGGGAUUCCUCGGGGAAGCAGCACAGCAACAAGUGCAUCAUGUGCGCGGAGAAGUUCAAAAGGGAGAAUGAGCAGAAGGCAACUUCAACCAGAGGGAAACAAAAGGAUGACUGCAGUGAGUACCGUUCCCAGUUUGAGGCUGGCGGGCGGCUGUCCUGCACACGGGAGAACGACCCUGUCCGGGAUUCCUCUGGCAAGCAGCACACCAACAAGUGCCUCAUGUGUGCCGAGAAGCUCAAAAAAGAAGCUCAAAGAGGAGGUCAGUCUGGAACUGCCCAGCGCAACAAACAGUCUGCUGCAGAGUGUGCAAACCAGAGGAGCUGCAGUGGCUCAGGGUUACAGCAGGGUAUGAAUGAGAGACGGCCAUUCUCCACAAACAGAGGCCCACAAGGAAACUUGGCUCAGGACUGCAGCCCGGCACCUGGCCGCCAGGGACAGAGCGGAGGCACCAACACCUACCAGCCGCUGGACUGUGAUCGAAUUCUGCACGGGGUAAAGGGUGGAAGGAUUUUCUGCAGCGAAUCCUCACAACCCGUCUGUGGCACUGAUGGGAAAACAUACAAAAAUGAAUGUGACUUGUGUUCAGCUGCCAUGAGAGCAUCAGUUUACAUCACGGUAAACUAUCGAGGUGAAUGCCGAAAGACUGUCCCUGAAAUGAAAUAAUGAAGUUCAGACUGCCAGCAAAUACCAGGGAUCAGCUGUGACCAAAGGACAAGUAAAGGAAGAUCUGAUGUCAAGCACCAGGGAAGCUGCCGAGUUCCCAGUGCUGUUGGAUCCACCUUCAUCCCCUUCUGCAGCCAACAGGCCUGUACUUGCUCAGGUGGAGGGUGAAGGGCUGUGGGGACCCAGUGGUGGCUUCCCGCGUUGGCCCCACGCAUGUUGUUGUAGUCGCUGCUCGGCUCGGGCUCUGCCGCCUCGCUGUGUCUUAGCAUGUUUCUACAAUAAAGAUAACUCCACAGCGUCCUGUUGCUUUUCUUCACUGAGCCUCACAGGAGGGACGCGUGAGUCCCCGGUCCGGCUGCUCGCCACGCGUCCCUUGAGCACUAAGCACCAAACCCAAGUGAAGAUGUCAGACACAAAGAAGAAUGUGGUCUGGGUUCUGUUAGCGGGGACCAGCAGUCGGGUUCUCUGGCUCGCUGUAGGGCCUUGGGUGUAUCUCUUUGUCUCCCUUCAGCCCUUUUCUCUUGCCUGUAAAAAUGGACAUUAAAAGAUGCUUACCUACCUCAGAGGGUUGUUUGGAGAUUUUAAUUGGUUUGCAUUAGAGAGCCCACAGAUGGAACUCUAUUCCUACGCACCAAUCCUGGAGUGCAGGACGUUUAACUGUUGCAGUCAUGCCUCUUCCAGCCAACACCCGAUGGGCCAUGUGUAUUUCCUGUUCUUUCGUUUAUGGCUGUUACUUAAAGCAAAUAUGUUCUUAUUUGUGUAAACUUUAUUGCAGGACAUUUCCAGAAGACCUUGAGUGAACGUACAGUGUUUGAGUCCACUUUAGCUGUGACCUGAUCUGCAAAUACUCUCUGUUGUAGAUAAGGCCAGAGUGACUUUCAGGUUUUGGCAGAAUUUCACUCAAUGCCAAUUAAUUUGGCUCCCUCCACAGAUAUUGAUUUUUUUUUUUUUUGUUCAAUUAAGUUAUCACGAUCUUUUUUUUCUUAAUGCAGCUAAUGAAAAUCGAUUUUUUUUUUACUCUCAUAAAGUACUUCCGCAUGUAUCACAUUUAUCUGUCUAUAGCUUGAUUAUCAGCAGGCUUUGACACAAGAUUAAUAUUUUGUGUGCCGAUUUUUAUUUUUUUUUUAAUGUGUGCAAACACUGUGGUUUAGAAAUAUGUUAUUGCUACUUAUUUCUACGUGGGAAAAUCCCACCUCACAGUUAUGCAUGGCAGAAGUCACCAGUUGGAUCCAAUUUAGCUGUUUCUAGGGAUGCAAGAUUCCUCUGCCUUUGGGCGGGUGAAUCCUUGAAUGUUAUUUAUACCUUCCAAGAAGAAUGAAUAUGAGAUGGUAAAAAUGUGCACUAACGAUGUCUGCUCACUGAUUCCAGCUAAAAUCGUGUGCAGGGACCUCUAUGUGAUUUUGUAAAAGCAGUACACGAUUUGAGGCUUAAAAUAGGUUCUUGCAAAUGAAAAUCGGCGCACUUGAGAGUGCUAUUAUAACUUGCAGUGAUUUCGAGCAUUUAGAUUUUGAAAUAAUCAUCCAUAAAACCUGCAUUAAUUGUCCUCCAAAACCAAUGAGCUGAUGAGGAGGGUGCCCUAGUAGCCUCUUCUGCUGGAUUUGAGCACCUUCUGAAUUUCUCCUGCUACCAGCAGAAAUUAUGCACAGAAAUCAUAGCUGGUAUAAGGUUUAUUAAUCAGAUUACAAAACUGCUAAGAAGGCACACAACAGUGUGUGCUAAAGCUGCCUGUGCUGUAGUUAGUGAGCCUACCAUAGGUAGCAAUGCUAACUCCUUCCUUUUAGCAGGUUUACCCACUGCUCGUUCUUCCAUCAUUCCUUCCUCUUGUAGGGCCUGCUUUUGCAGUUUGAUCCGGUGGCUUGCAGGCGAUGUCUGUCCCCAGCAGUGCUCUAAGCAGCUGACCUCCAGGAAGGGCACCGGGUGAGCGAUGCAAUGUGUCAUUUCCACAGGGUUCCUAAGAAGGAGGAGGCAAAAAGAUCAAGAGGUGCUCCAAAUAUAUUAUCCUGUCCUCUGUUUUGCUCUUGGUUUCUCUUUGUGGUGCCCUUUAACAUUGUAAAGAGACUGUAGCGGUCCUCUAUGAACCUGGAAAGGUAUCAGCACUCUGGGAAGUCUUCAGUUGCUCUAAAUUGCACUUUAUUACAGAUGUUUCUUCUGCCAAGACCCACUGACCCCAUGUGGUUCACAGUGUUUUCUAAGGCUUUGCAGGACUGGUGUUACGAAUUGGCAGCCUCCAGGCCUCUCACAAAUCUCCUGCUUCUCACAGCGUUUCUUCAACUUCUCCCAAGCACAGCUGGGUUUUGAGCUCAACUGCUCCCUGCAGGGGCUUGAGCCUCCUGCUUUUUUGCAUAAAAGGUGUCAGGUACUUAUGCAAUCCUUAAGGGCAUGCAAAUGCUGCUCUGAGGACUGUUGAUUCUGGCAAAACCCUUUGCAGACCUUGUACUCCCUUGCUAUUUCCCAAUCCCUGCAGUCUAGCAGCUCUGCCCACCAACUCCCAUGGCCAACACAGCAGCAGUCUGUGCAUGCUGCAGCGCGAUGUGGAAAGCGAUGAUUGUAUGAAAGUGUGAUGCUGUGGUACUGCCUCUGCAGGAGCCUGACACUGUUUGCGUAGGAGGACCCCGUGUGUGUGCUGCAGAGCUGUCUCGUGGCUGUCCGUACAUCCCUAGGAUGCUGAACCCUUCCAAGCAACCACAGCAUACGGAUCCCUGAGGGUUUCAGCCUUGUCUCCCUGGAUUAUUACAGGUUCAGCUCUGUGGUCCAUCUGAUUUAUACUUGGGGUCUGAUGAACAGGCUUUUCUCUCAGGUCUUUAGGGCACCUAUUUAGCCCCUUUUGGUACAUUUCCCUGCACUACAAGUCUCCCUGAUACACAGAGCUCUUGUCCAAGAUUUGGGACCUGCCCUACUUCAGCCCUCUGCAGGAGACUUCUUGCUAAGCAGCCCUCCAACCAGGACUGCAGUACAUGGCAAAGAGCUGGAAGAGGUCUACAGUACUUCCCCAGCAUGAAGGUAUGAGCGCUCUUUUUGAGUAGGUCACUGAAGGCAGUAAGAUGUCAAUACAACCAACUGCAAAAUACAAAACCACAUGAAAAUUCACAGUUUACCUUGAUGCUGAAGGGCUGAAAAGAAACACCGUGCUGUUAGCACAGGCACGCUGCUGGCAAAGUGAAAAUGAGCAAAGAGGAUGAGAUGGACAGAUAGCUGAUGGAAAAAGCUCUUCCUAAUUGCUCCACAGAGCAGCUAGCUUGCCUGCAGGGCUGCAGCAUGGGGCUGCUUGUGCAUUAUGCAGAGACCCCAAGACCGGUGCUGUUUGCCUUAGCAAAGGCAUAGCUACAGCUGCAGCGAUAUUUUCUAGAUGUCAGUUCCUUCCCUACAUUACUGACAGGUGUUUGCUGUUCUGUCCCUUUAAUCUGUAUCCUAUAGCAAACAUUCCUUGAAUUUAAUAACUUAGCUGGAAGACAAUUGCUGUGAUCUUGAUAGAACAUGCUGAGUCAAUCUAUUUUAACUGCAGAUUUAGUUUGCAAAUACUGUCUUCUUGUCGAUAAGAUUCAGGUGUCAUCUUUGUGGACAUUGGCAGGAAUUUCUUGACCGUGACAGGCUUUACAGAGUCUGGCAAUUAAGCUGUCAAGACACAUUUUCCUCUGCCAGGAAGCACUAAUUGAUGAUAGUCUUGGCUGCAAUAGGCACAGAGAGAUGGAUAUUGUAAUCAGAAUGAAUAGAGGUCCUUCUAGUUGAGAGCUACAUUGGUCCAAAGGUUUGGAGUCCUUGACAUUUGGUGAUACUGAGAUAAGGAACAAGGCAGGGAGAUAUCAGAGCUGAAUAUCAGAUGCGGUAUGAGAAUAGACAGACCUGGAAAUGGUUAUGUUCUGGCUGGAAAUGUUGAUACCUGGGGAGGUUUUAACUCUGUGGAUGCAUACUGCAAAGUACUAAUAUUAGCAGAGCUACUGGAUGUGAGAGCAAAUAGAGUUUUCCAUUAAGUAAUCCCAAAAAUCAUGUUAUUGUUGGUUUGCGAGGGGUGUUGGAGAUGUACUUCCCUUAGAAAAUAAACCUGAUGAUUCAACCUGAGCUUGCUCUGUUUAAAUCACACUGAAAGUAGAUCUGCAAAUAGGGAUUUUGAUUAGUGAGUACAAAAUAUGAAAGAUUAAAACUUGGCAAAGCUAGGAUUCUGGUUGAGAAAACUCUUUUGUUUUUGUGUUCAACCUUUACAGUUUAUAAAAAAUCUACUUAAGGAGAAAAGCUCAUUUAGAACCCAUCCAAGCUGUGCUACUUUAGUACUGGGCAAACCUUCAGGAGAUGUUUGAAGAAAACUGAAGACGUGAAGUGUAAAGGAAUGAUUAAUGUGCACAGUAAACUUGCUUGGAAGGUAAUCACGCAUGGGCUAAUAUCAAUCUUUACAAAGUUGGCAGACUUCCUAGAUAAAGGAAGUACAGUAGAUCUAGUCUACCCAGGCAGCAAAAACAUUUGACCUGUUGCCCUGUGGGGUGGUGUCACCUAGGCUUGGUGAGGGAGGUCAGGAUGAGGUUAUGGGGGAUGUGGAAGUGUACCGCAGAGGAGCAGGUGGGGUACCCACAGGAGUUAGCAGUGAGCAGACAGAAAAGUGGAUCUGAGGACCAAACUUCACAUUUUUGUUCCUUGCAUUAGUGCAUAAAAAGCAGACACACAGAGCAGAUUGCUGCUGUUGGUUUGGUUUUUUUUUAAGCAGCAGAAGAGCAGGAUUUCUCCCACAGAGAAUGGGGUGACCUUCUAGGCUGUGAUUGCCUGGGCUCAAGCUGAGAUGAAAUGCAGUGAUGAGGAGCACAAAACCAUGCUCUGAGGUUAAAUAAUGAGGGCUUCUGCUAUCCGUUCAGAGCUCAGUUAAAAUUGCAGAGGAGGAGGAAGACCUAAUUGCGUGUAGCCAGCCAUGGGGCAAAUGAGGGCUGCGGCACACCGGGGCAGAUCCGGGAGCAGAGGGGCCAUGGGACGUUCCUUGUUCCCUGGCUCCCCUCAAGACACACAAAAGGCCCCUUCCUGGCAAUUGUGCCCACGUCAAUCAUUAGCUAGAAACCCUGAGCUGGGUAA